CAGCUGUGUAAAUAAAUGCACAAUAAAUAUUCGGUGGAACAUAAACCCAUCCAUAAGUCGCGAGAAGGAAAUUUAGUUUCAAAAGCUGAUCAAGUCGGUUAUUGCCUAAGAAAUUCUAUCCGGUCAACAAUUUUAAUAAAAAUGAAAUUUUUCUGUUUUUUAAUAUCAUUUGUCUUUGUAAUUGUUUCGGCAUUUGAUGAAGCGGAUUAUAAGAAGGAAGUUUAUAUCACAAAUGUAGCUAUCGGGAGUGCUUGGAAUUAUGGAUUGGAGCAUGUAAUUGAAACAAUGGUUAAUGAUAACGAUUCUUACAAGUGUUUCGCCAAAAUUAAUUUCAUGAUCGCUUUACCGGACCACCCAGAAAUUGUCAACGAAAUACCGGAAGAUUUAGACCUUGACGAAUUGAGAAAAUCCAUGCAUUACCAGUUUAUGAUGCGAUUAGAAAUAAAACACACAUUAAGAAAUGAGUAUCCUGAAGUUGAUAAAGACAAAGAUUUUAGAAGCCUAAAUUUAACCACUCUUGCAGAAGAACGAAGACGUCGUGUUGUCCCAUCUUUAAAAAAUAUAUUCAGACGUGUAUUUGAUGGAUCUCUGGAUCAUGUCCGUGGUGAUGUCUCUUUAAUGCGGAUGUGUCGUUUGAUAGGACUGUACAUAAGUACAACAAUUCCCACAAACUACAUUAAACGUCUCAACAUUGAACCCUUUACUAGUACUUGUAUCCUAUGGGAUGGAAUUAUGUUCAAAAGAUACAGAAAAAUUAAUGACGUAUGGUGGCAAAUAGACUUGGUUAACACCAACGGUAGAGUACAGCUACUCGAAGAACAGUUAAGAUGAUUUUUACCAGGAAUCAAUGCGCUUUACUCGCGAUUACGGUUAACAUUCUACCUUGUUGUCGAUGAUAAUAGAUGAUAUAAAUUUUAAGGACAGAUCUGCUUUCUCACUUUUGUUAUUGGGCCUAAAAUAUGUACAUAAGACAAUUUAAACUACUGAUAGAAAAUAAAGAGAAAUUUGAAUAUACACGUGUAAGUAUAAAACAUUAGUCGAUUUCUUUGGAAAGACUCUAAGACUUAUUCAAACUGGAUUAAGAUAAAAUUUUUAUCUGUAAAAGUUACAAUGAACAGCUCAAGUCUUCUACUAACAAAAAUGUGGUUUAAAAACAAUGCAAAUAAAAUACAUAUAACAUACAUUUUUUGCUGUAUAAAUUGUAAACAUAUGGUUUUGUGUUUGGUGUUUUGGUAUAUCAUGACAAUUAAGUUUAAACUUUAAAGUGCAUUUUGUACUUAUAACCCUAGUAGUCGAUUCUAUCGAAGUUCAAAAUAAAAUAAAAUUGUCAACUAUAAUGAAUAUUAUAAUUGUACUAAUAUAAAUAAAACAUUAAUUGUUUGUUUUUCACAUGGACAAUUGACAUCGAAAAUUUUCCAAUUUCAAGGAAAUACAUUUAAGUGAGCAGAACAUUUGGUAAAAGUGUGGUGAUGAAGAAAUUAUUCUAACAAUUAUAUGAUUCUAAAAAUUCGAAAAUUUACUAAAAUAUCAAUUUCUUAGGGUUGGUUAAAAAAAUAAAAAUGUACGUUAUUCAAAUUUUAGUAUUCCAAUAUUAAGCUGUUGCAAAUUUUUAAUAUUUGUAACCUUUGAAACAUGUUUUGUAGCCCAAAAUUGUAUCACGAAAUUUCCAACAAAAAAAUACCUUAAAUAUAUUUUAUUUAUUUAAGUGUUUUCAACAAAUUUUGGCAUAGUGAAAACGUAAAUAGGCCCAAUUAUAAAUUAAAUUUCAAUUGCAAUUCUCUACUGUAAACAUUAGAUACAUGGAUGAUUGUUAUGACUAAUAAGAACAUAGUCUAAACACUGCGUUGAAGUAAUGCAUGAUCUCCAUAAAUCCUAUUAUAUAAAAAAAAACAAAUUAAUUAAUUAACCAGCUGUAAAAAUAAACGAACAUAGGUAAACUGCAAAUUCUGAUUUUACGGUCGAAUUUAAAAGCUCAUCCAUAAGUCGCAAGAAGAACAUUUAGUUUCAAAAGCUGAUCAAGUCGUUUAUUGUCUAAGAAAUUCUAUCAGCUCAACAGUUUUGGUAAGUCCAACUCUAACUACAAUACAGUAGUGAAAAAAGUCAAUUUUUGCAACCGUUUUCAAAAUAACUUACUAAAGUAGCGUCUUGGUGUAUACAAACCUAAAGUGAAAACAAA